UCACUAAUGCGUUCAUUAAUGUCCGGUCGUGCUAGCUUGGACGACCGUCGUUCGGAUAUUUCCGGUGGAUCUAGUGCUUCAACUCUCAUCAGGGACAGUACAACCAGUAGUAAAACAGGAGCUUUUCCACUCAGGAAAUUUACCGCCGGUGUUGGUCGGCCAGGAUUAGCGCGAGAGGCUAGGGAAGCCGUCCGAAGUGUCGUUUCCGCCCAAAGUACAACACGGCGUGUCAUACCUGUUGAGCCCCUGGAUUAUGAGAAAUUCGUCACGGAAAAGGCGAUUCUCCUUGAAAAUGAUCCUCAGCGGGAACUGCUCAUGUUCCCCAGGGAUGAUGUGGAGGAGCUGGUUGAACCCGCAGAGGUUCCUACUGUUCUGCCUAUGACCAACCAGAAAGAUAUCGUCGACACUACUUGGCUUCUUACUCGAGACGCCUUGAAGAGUUUCGUCUCCCCAAAGCGUACCAUUUCGUUCAAUUAUUCGAAGUUCGCCGGUGAUUAUGACAGUGCAAUGGAGAGCGCAUCUGUCGAAACUGGACUUUUGGACAACUUUAAGGUUCGUGCAGCUUUCAUUUCACUAACACAUUGGCAUGAUCUCAUAUCGGCCAAGAGACGAUAUUGUACUGUGAAACAGCUGGGAAGUGGUGAAGUUGCUUUGGACAUCAGAAAAACCCGUGAUACACCACCAAAGCGGCCGCAAAUGAUUAUUCAAUCUGCUCAGCUGCGGUCUAUGCGGAAAGGCAGGACGGUCUUGGAGCGGGCGGAAGUGCGUUCCUUAACGUUAGCCUUUGAAGAAGACGAGGAUCUCUCAAACUGGUUUCUCGCUCUUCAGCGAGCAAUAUCGUUCGUAGCCAAAGGUGAUUCAGAGAUGUUUCGAUUUUUUUCGAUUAAAAGUUCCAUAGUCGAACAAUUUUCAGGUAGAGAAUCUUUAAUAUGGAGAGGUCAACGAGCCGUUGCAAAGGCUCUUCAGCCCCCAAUUGUAGAUAGGAAGAAUAUUUUUUCACUAUUUUCCAAUCUCUCUGUGAGUAACUUUUCUGUCAUGUUUUACGCAUGGUAUGGUUGUAUUUAUUUUCUUUGUGAUUAUAUGAUGUUCACUACUUGCAAUCCUACGAAGGAUCUAUGGGUUGUUUGCUAUAUCGAUCGCAUGCUAUCAUUGGAUUAUUCUGGAGAUUUAUAUAUGAAGUCAUCUGGUGAUCCUAAAGCUGUUGCAAAGCUGCAGAGAUUGAUCCAGACGUCGUCAAUUCGCCUAUCCAAGUACAGGCAGCGGUUCGCCUGGGCAGCUAGACCACUCCAUGAUGAGAAUCUCGCCAGGGAUUCAUCAAACCCACGCGUGAACAAGGGUUUCAGCACGAUGCAGUUAUUCCGUUGUGAUAGCAACAAACUCACAGACCAGGACCUUCAGAAAUACCUCGGUGAUUUUGCCAAGUUGGAAAAAGCUGGCAAGUUUGUUUUGCCUAAUUCUUCGAUGGCGGUCAAAGUUGAAGCCUUGUCAUUCGAAGACGAGUUCCAGUCUCGUGUAAAUCCUUCCUUCUUUGCUCUGAAACCUUGGAAGCUAUCUAAUGACAGCCCGGUGCCACCGGUGUUUGAGCUACAGACUUUUGGGGAUCCAAUUGCCGAGCCGUAUUCGCAGCUGUUCAACCUGCUCUAUAUUUAUCCAUUAAGCUUGAAGUAUGAUAGUCAACGUGUCUUUCCGAAAGCAAGAAACAUCCUCUGCACUGUUCGCCUUCUCCGCGGUGGUGAUCAUACCGCUGCCAAAGUAAGUGUUUUUUUCGACCGCCUUCAUCCAUCUGGACCAUUGGUUGCAAGUGCCAAAUGUACUGUACAGUACCAUCAACAGUUUCCACAUUUUGGUGAUGAAGUGAAGGUCAGCCUCCCAGUUUGUCUGAGUACUUCCGAUCAUCUUCUUUUCUCGUUUUCUCACAUCGCUGUAGCAGCUCAAACAAAUAGCAAAGUGCCCGAGUCUGUGGAAACUCCAAUCGGAUUUGCAUGGCUUCCGUUGAUGUGGAAAAAAGAUCGGUUGGUAAUGGAAAGCGACGACCAGGAAUUCGCUCUUCCUGUUGCUGCUGAUCUUCCAGACGCUUACUUCCGCAAUCGUCCCUUUCGCGGAGGAAAAAUGGAUGAAAUGACCGAUAUUAAAUGGGUGGAUCAGCGGGCACUUUUCCGAUUUCGGUUACGGCUAGCGUCUUCGGUAUUCACCACGGACUCCAUUUUGCAGGACUUUUUUCAGGUGAGAAAAAUCAUCGCUAGAGAAAAGACUUUUCAUUUACUUCGAGCUUUCGUACGACACCAUUUCGUUACAGUGGAAUCUAGUGAGGGCGCUACUCACAGUGUUAUCUGCCGUUUUUUGAAUUCAUUGGUGAUUUCUCUGCAAGACGCUACCAAUGAAUUAGCCACCUUAUAUCGCCAAUUAUGGUUUCUUUUCGACGUAAUUGCAAAAAGUAUUGCACAGACGAUUGUUCGACGAUCGCUUCUUAAGUGUCCAAGGAAGGAUCGCUUGUCCCCCGAAGUGCUGGAACAGAUUGGCAAUCUCAUCACUACCAUCGUUCCAUUGCUGAUCUCAAAACAUCGUGAACUUCCAAAGGAGAGUCGCGCCGGAAUAACCUGUAUCGCUUUUUUUCUACGGGUCAGCAAAUUUGCAAAUUGUUUUACUUACUUUUCCUUACAGGUAAUACGAGAUUUUAAACUGGACGUACUUUCAAUAAUAUCUCAGCACGAGCAUUGGCUACCUCUGUGCCUUCCGGUAGUGAUCGAUUCACAAAAUCAGAUUCAUAGAGUAGUUAACCAGCCCUUAUCUUCUGAUUACAGUAUGACUUUCCUUUCAGAUGCAACCUGUUCGGAUGAAUGGUACUUGAACCCGACAUAUAUUUCUCAUCAUUUUCCUUCAGGCAUAAUCUUCCAGGAAUUAUAUGCAUGCAUGCGUGAACCUCGAGAACAUCGACGUCGAGCAAUUGUAUUGUUAAGGAACUUGUUGGCUAAACAUUCCUUCGACAAGAGAUAUUUAGAUAUGAAUAUACAGCGUAGAAUCGCGGUUCUGUACUUGCCCUUUAUUCGUUUCGCUAUGGAACACACGAGCGAGUUAGAAGACAUCAUGGUGAACGAUUCUGCUGAAACGGCCACAUUUUGUACUAGCGGAGCCUCAAUUUUCACGACGGUAGAUUCCAGUUGGUACGCUUCUGUGACUGAUGUUCAGCCAGGACGUUCCUUCGGAACAUGUUCUACCGUAUUUGCUCAACAAUCAACUUCUCCUAAUUUCGCUCUUUCCGAGAGAUUAGAUCAGGUACAUAUAGUGCUAUGCCGUUAUGGAUCCGACCAAUUGUUUUUGAUUUUACAGGAGGAAGUGCAGGACAUUCUUGUCAGCGUCUUGUAUGUGAUCCAUCGGGUGCCAAAACGGAUUUUGGGAGCGUUGUGUGUGGAAAUGAAGCAGAGUUGUGUGAUGCAGUUACUUCGACUUCUUGAAAUAAUUCUGAACGUGUUUCGAUAUCGAGGACGACCGGAUUCAAGAUCUAACAUUGAAAGAAUGUGUAGAUUUCAUUGUCCCUUCCAUUGCGACUUUCUAGGUCAAGUCGAUGGCAGAAGUAGCGGCUCGUUUUCUAUGCCAUAUCGUGCUUUGCAGCUUCUGAAUUUGUCACAGGAGGUUGCCCUGAUUGUUCUCGAAGUUGCGCAGAGCCUAGCGCAAGAGUUUGCGGAUCGACAUUUGAAAUCGCAUAUGCUGGAGGAAAGUGUUUUUUCAAAGUUGUUUUCUAUCUACCUUUCACUUUUGGAUGAUUACUGGCCGGAGGGUGUCCGUUUACAUGCGUUAGCUGCUCUUUCUGUAUUCGUCAAUAUGUUCCAUGCCUAUCUUUUCGAAGACGGACCAUUGGAUGAUCUAUCGUUUCUUAUUGAACGGCUUCUAGUUGUUAUGGCAAGCAGACUGUCAGCUGUACAGAAUGCAGCCGCCGCUUUGCUACACCUAGUUUUGCGCAACGGAUAUGAAGCAUCACAAGCUUACCUAGCUGGUCAUGCUAUGGCACAAAGUGUUUCUACAUCCAAAUUACAAUCUAUGAGCAAAACAUCUGUUGAGCGGCUUGGUCGUCCUGGUUGUCAAACUAGUGUCGCUUUGGCUCGAUUAUUAGUAGUUUUUGGGAAUCGGAAUUUUGCAGCUGUUCAUGCCCUACCAGUUUGCAGAGAGCUCGUUCAUCAGCUCCGUGGCGUCAUGUCGGCUACAGUUGCACUGAAAGAUGCUGCGAAUGAUCCGAUUCGCUUAGCUGAUCUGCACAUACAGUUGGCAGACAGCUAUCGUGGCUCUGCCGCACUGAGAAGCGCUUGGUUUGACGCAUUAGCCGAUCUGCACACAGCUGAAAACUGGCAUGCUGAAGCUGCAGUUUGCCAUGCGCACUCCUUAGCUAUCAUCGCCAAAGAACUAGCAGCAAAGGAACUCUGCAAGAUUGACUGGACGGCAUUCGAAUGGAUCAGCUCAUCUAUUGUUAAGGAUGAAGGAGCAAUAGAGGUUGAUGGAAGUGUCCAGUCAGCUGGUUUCACCAUGGACAGUGUAGCCACUAAAGUUGAACAAACUGCUGCCGCACUAACAUUGGCUGAACGAUAUGAGGCUAUAGGGCCAUUGUAUCGGCUAAUCAUUCCCAUGUUCGAAAAGACCGAUAACUUCAAGUCGCUGGUUGGUGUGUACGCCGAGCUGCAACAAACCUACAGUCGUGCAGCCGAGGUGAAAGCUAGUGGGAAGAGGCAUCUGGGCUCGUAUUUUCGUGUGCGCUUCUUUGGUGAAUACCAUUCAAGAUUUGAACAUGGCACUGACUGGAUUUAUCGGGAAGCUGGAUUAGCGUCUCUCGCAGAAGUGUCCCUGAGGUUACGUGAAUAUCAUAGACAGUUGAUUGGGCAUGAUCGUAUUCAAGUGGAGCCAGGAUCAGAGGUUAACAUUUCUUCUCUGGAUCCAUCCAUUGCCUACAUCUGGGUGAAUCAUGUGGAACCUUUACUCCAGGAGGGUCACACGCUCAAGCACUUCAAGACGCAUACGAAUGUCAGUGAGUUCUCAUACGAAAGCCCCGUUUUUGAAUCAUCUGGAAACGAAGGUCAGGAACCCAGUUUGACGAAUCAAGCGCUCAAGAAGACAAUAUUGAAAGGUGUCGAGGGCGCUUUUCCUUCUACUCGAAGACGGCUUCGAGUUCAAUCAGCCUACAGCAACGUGAUAACACCCCUCGAAUUUGCUUGUCAAAAGUUGGAACUGAAAGCAAAUCAGAUAAAUGCGGUGCUGGAUGAUGUCACCGAGACCCGUCCUCUGGAUGUUAAAGGGCUUCAACUACUUCUGCAAGGAGCAGUGAUGCCUACUGUCAAUGCAGGUCCAUUGGCUUAUGCGGAAGCGUUUACACAGCCUGAACAAAGAGAACGUUAUGGAGAAGGCGGUGUACGCAAUCUGGAAAGUGCCUUCAGGAAACUAAUGUCUGCAUGUGAAAGAGCGUUACAAGUUAAUGAAACAGUUGUGGCAAUGGAUCAACAGACCUACCAUGAGGUGCUACUGGCCUCAUUCGACGCUAUGCACGAGCGAUUGAUGGGCUUCUUUGGUACUUCGGUAAGUUUGGUUACUACGGAACUAUUAGUCGGUGGUAUUCGUCUGGGUGCUCCUACACAAUUGUACUAUUCGUCGGCGUCCUAA